AUGACCAAUAAAUAUAAAAUUUGCAUAAUUAUAAUUGUUUAUUGUACUUUUGUUUGUUCUUAUUCAGUACGUAAUGACAAUUGUGAUUUGGACGACGCAUUAGUUAAAGAAAUUGCAAGUUAUAAAAAUGUUACAAACAAAAUUAUCAAGGAUAUUAAGAAUGAAUUAGGAUCAAGAAUGUAUAAUUCGUUUUCAGAAUUUAUAGACAAAUACGGAGCACGACCAUCCGGUAGUAAGGUUUUGGAAGAUUCUAUAGAUCACAUGAUUAACCUUACUAUUGGAUCUGGACUUAACGAUGUUACUACCGAAGAAGUAGAGGUACCACACUGGGUGCGAGGUACUGAGACCUUAGAGAUGCUACAACCUCAUUACAAAAAAGUUGCAAUUAUCGGCCUAGGUCCAUCAAUUUCUACUCCAAGUAAAGGCAUUACGGCUGAAUUAAUAGUUGUCAAAACUUUCAAAGAACUGGAUAGUUUAAAUAAAGAAGAUGUUCAAGGCAAAAUCGUUUUGUUUGAUGAGCACUAUACUUCAUAUGGGGAAACCGUUAUUUACAGGGUUCAAGCUGCAUCAAAAGCCGCCCGCAAGGGUGCGGUGGCUUCCCUUAUACGAAGCGUCACUCCAUAUUCCUUGUACACCACCCACACUGGCUCCCAACAUUAUGAUAAUGAUGUCCCUAGAAUACCAACAGCAGCAAUAACGGUGGAGGAUUCGCACUUACUCAGAAGAUUGUUCAUUCGUAAAAAUAAGAUUGUUUUGAAGUUAAAAAUGGAAAGUACAUAUGAUACGCAAAAGUCUCGGAAUACGAUCAUAGAUUUAAAAGGAGCUGUAGAUCCUGAUAAGUAUGUUAUAGUUUCUGGACAUAUAGAUAGUUGGGAUGUCGGCCAGGGUGCAAUGGACGAUGGUGGUGGUAUGAUGAUAAGUUGGUUUGCUCCGGUCAUACUAAACCAUUUACAACUUCGUCCUAAAAGAACUGUACGUGCUAUUUUAUGGACUGCAGAGGAGCCGGGUUUAGUAGGUGCUGCACAAUAUUUAAAACUUCAUAUUAAUGAGCUGGAUAAAAUAAAUUUUAUUAUGGAAUCCGAUGAAGGAACGUUUGAGCCGUUAGGUUUAGAAGUAGGUGGGUCAAAAGAUGCGGUGUGCAUAAUUGCUGAGAUAUUAAAGUUGUUUACACCAGUCGAUAAGUUGAAGGUCUCUAAAAAUCCUGGUUCCGAUAUAAUACUUUUUAUAAAUAAAGGCAUACCUGGAGCGUCGUUGAUGAAUAAAAAUGAUAAAUAUUUUCGCUAUCACCACUCAGAAGCCGAUACUAUGGAUGUGGAGAAUAUUGAUGAUGUUGUUAACUGUGCUGCAUUUUGGGCUGCUGUAUCUUAUGUUAUUGCUGAUUUAUCCGUUGAUAUACCUCGCCAUUGA